AUGGAGAUGCAAAGGUGGACCACCAGGUGGAAAACGAAAAGGUGGCUAUGGGAUUCAACGUUAACCGCUGUGGUCACGUUAAUUUUGAUUCUACAAGCUGCCAGUGUCAGCGCAGUUCAACCAGUGGAUGUAUUGAAGGCGCUAGACUUCAAGAGCUCUCCUGAAGGAGUAAAGAAAACACCAGGCUUCUGCACAGUCCGGAGAGGAUCCAAGCCCGACAUCGCUUACCGAGUAGGAAAAACGGCUCAGAUCAGCGCACCAACCAAACAGCUCUUCCCAGGGGGAGUUUUCCCAGAAGAUUUCUCCAUCCUGUUUACCAUCAAGCCCAAGGCUGGCCUGCAGUCCUUCCUGCUGUCUGUGUACAACCAGCAAGGCAUCCAGCAGCUCGGCGUGGAGGUGGGCCGUGCCCCCGUCUUCCUGUAUGAGGACCAGCAUGGCAAGCCCGCCCCUGAGGAGUACCCCCUGUUCCGCUCCAUCAACCUCGCUGACGGCAAAUGGCACCGUGUAGCAAUCAGUGUGGAGAAGAAGACCGUCACCAUGAUUGUGGACUGUAAGAAGAAGCUAACCAGGCCACUUGGCAGAAGCGACAAGGCCGUCAUUGACACAGAGGGCAUUACUGUCUUUGGUACCAGAAUCCUGGAUGAGGAAGUCUUUGAGGGUGACAUCCAGCAGCUGCUGAUAGUGGCAGACCCCAGGGCAGCCCACGACUACUGUGAACACUACAGCCCCGACUGUGAAACCCCCAACCACCACGACACUCCCCAAGCCCAGGAACCUGAGGAAGAGUACACUAACUAUGACUAUGGUGAGUUCUAUGACUACUCUGAAGGAGAGAUUACCACUGACGCUCCACCAACUGAAGGAGCCAAGACUGAGACAAAUGUGGGCGGGGAUUACUACCCUGGUGAGUAUGACUACACCACAGUGGAUGGAAGUCAGCCAGAAACUCCAACUGAUAACGCAGGAGACGUAAAGACCUAUGAAGGGGAAAUUGUGGAUGAUUACAUCACCGGUGUGGAACAGGUAGGGGCAGACCCUACCCCUGCUGUGGAAACCGCUGCCCCGGUGGACACCAAAGAGACGGUUGACCCUGCUACUGAUGUGUACGAGUUUAAGGAGUACGACCUGAAGGAAUAUGACGACAAAGAGUUUGUUGAGAAGCCAUAUGAAUAUGGUGAUUAUGGCGACUAUGACACCACUGACACCAAACCCACGUCCGCAACAUACGAGGAAGAGUUUGGUCCUGGCGUACCAGCGGAGACAGACAUCAGAGAGAGCAGCGCAGUGGGUGGAGGCCACAGUUACCUGGGAGAAAAGGGAGAAAAAGGUGAACCUGCCGUCAUUGAGCCAGGGAUGCUUAUAGAAGGACCCCAAGGAGCCCCUGGCCAAGCAGGUCUUCCUGGUACCCCAGGAUUGCAGGGUCCCCCUGGUCCCCAUGGAGAUCCCGGUGAGAGGGGUCCUCCAGGGCGUCCUGGUCUUCCUGGUUCAGAUGGUGUCCCUGGGCCCCCAGGUACCAUUCUGAUGCUUCCAUUCCGUGCUGGUGGUGAGGCACAUAAGGGGCCUGUGGUUACGGCACAGGAAGCUCAGGCUCAGGCCAUCCUUUCUCAGGCUAGGCUGGCUAUGAGAGGUCCUCCAGGGCCAGCUGGCAUGGCAGGAAGAUCUGGUCCUGUGGGAGGUCCUGGAGCUCCUGGACUUAAAGGUGACAGUGGAGAUUCUGGACCACAGGGACCCAGAGGUCUUCAGGGCCCUACUGGUCCACCAGGAAAAGCAGGAAAGAGGGGUCGUAACGGAGCUGACGGUGCUCGAGGAAUGCCAGGGGAGGCAGGGCCAAAGGGGGACAGAGGUUUUGACGGCCUGCCUGGUCUUCCUGGAGAAAAAGGGCAUAGAGGAGAACAAGGCUCUACCGGUCCUCCAGGACCUCCUGGAGAGGAUGGCCCCAGAGGUGAGGACGGCCCAGUUGGACAAAGAGGUGUGGCUGGAGAGAGCGGUCCUCGUGGUCUGCUUGGCCCUAGAGGGUCUCCAGGUCCUGGAGGACAGCGUGGUCUUCCUGGACUUGACGGACAAGCUGGUCCUAAAGGAAAUAUGGGUCCGCAAGGAGAGCCUGGGCCUCCUGGACAGCAGGGUUUGCCUGGUCCACAUGGUCUCAUUGGUCCUCAGGGUCCGAUCGGUCCUCCUGGUGAAAAAGGACCUCAAGGGAAACAGGGUUUGGCUGGCCUCAAUGGUGCUGAUGGCCCUCCUGGACACCCAGGAAAAGAAGGUCCUCCAGGAGAGAAAGGAACAGUUGGGCAUCCCGGUCCUAUGGGAUCCAUCGGCUACCCUGGGCCUCGUGGUGUGAAAGGUGCUGAGGGAAUUAGAGGCCUUAAAGGAGGCAAAGGAGAAAAGGGAGAGGAUGGAUUCCCCGGCUUCAAAGGUGACAUGGGUCUCAAGGGUGACAAGGGUGAGGCUGGCGUGCAAGGACCCAGAGGAGAGGACGGUCCUGAGGGCCCCAAGGGCAAGGCAGGACCUGGUGGAGAGGCUGGUCCCAUCGGAUUAGCUGGAGAGAAGGGAAAACUUGGAGUCCCUGGAUUGCCUGGGUACCCUGGCAGACAAGGCCCCAAGGGCUCCAACGGUUUCCCUGGAUUCUCCGGGGCGAAUGGCGAGAAGGGGGCAAGGGGAAUCGCCGGCAAAGCAGGCCCUCGAGGGCAACGUGGCCCAACGGGUCCACGUGGUGGCCGUGGAGCUAGAGGACCAACAGGGAAACCAGGCGCAAAGGGCACCUCAGGCAAUGAUGGACCUCCUGGCCCGCCUGGAGAGAGGGGACCUCAAGGACCACAGGGGCCUGUCGGCUUCCCCGGACCUAAAGGACCCAAUGGUCCACCAGGAAAAGACGGACUGCCUGGCCAUCCCGGACAGAGAGGAGAGACGGGUUUCCAAGGAAAGACCGGACCUCCUGGACCUGGAGGCGUGGUCGGACCUCAGGGCCCGACUGGAGAGGUGGGACCCAGUGGAGAGCGAGGACACCCAGGCUCCCCUGGUCCACCUGGUGAGCAAGGUCUGCCUGGAUCUGCUGGAAAAGAGGGUGGAAAGGGUGAUCCAGGUCCUAUGGGUAUCAGUGGCAAGCCAGGACCUGCUGGCCUGAGGGGUUUCCAGGGGGCACGAGGUCUUCCAGGAGCCAUGGGUCCAGCUGGCUUGAAGGGAGGAGAAGGGCCUCAGGGUCCCCCCGGCCCAAUCGGUUCUCCUGGAGAGAGAGGUCCCGCCGGCCCCGGAGGUCCCAUCGGUCUUACAGGACGCAACGGCCCCCAAGGUCCACCCGGUCCUGCUGGAGAAAAGGGCGGCCCUGGAGAGAAAGGUCCCAUGGGUCCUGCCGGCCGUGAUGGAAUUCAAGGUCCUGUUGGUCUUCCUGGUCCAGCUGGUCCUCAGGGUCCCCCUGGAGAGGAUGGUGACAAGGGAGAAGUUGGAGGACCUGGACAGAAGGGGAGCAAAGGAGACAAGGGGGAACUUGGUCCACCAGGCCCAGGCGGUCUUCAGGGUGUGGUUGGAGCUCCUGGUCCAGCUGGCAGCGAUGGUGAAUCUGGACCCAGAGGACAGCAGGGUAUGUUUGGCCAGAAAGGAGACGAAGGACCCCGAGGAUUCCCCGGUCUGCCAGGACCCAUCGGACUGCAAGGUCUGCCCGGCCCCCCCGGUGAGAAAGGAGAGAAUGGAGACGUCGGAGCAAUGGGUCCACCUGGUCCUCCCGGCCCCAGAGGUCCUCAGGGUCCCAGCGGAGCUGAUGGUGCACAAGGUCCUCCCGGUGGUAUUGGUGCAAUGGGAGGUGUUGGUGAGAAGGGAGAAACUGGUGAGGCUGGCAACCCAGGAUCACCUGGAGAGCCUGGUAUUGGUGGCCUUAAAGGAGAGACUGGAGAGAAGGGAGAGACUGGCCCUCCAGGAGCUGCCGGACCCCCCGGUGGCCGAGGACCCUCUGGAGAUGAUGGUCCCAAGGGUAACCCUGGUCCUGUGGGCUUCCCAGGAGAUCCUGGUCCCCCUGGUGAGCCUGGUGCUGCUGGUCUUGAUGGUCUACCAGGUGACAAAGGGGAUGAUGGAGAGGCCGGACAACCUGGCCCUCCAGGUCCCUCUGGUGAAGCUGGAGUACCAGGACCUCCUGGCAAAAGGGGUCCUGUUGGACAAGCAGGUCAAGAGGGCAGACAAGGAGAAAAAGGCGCUAAGGGAGAGGCUGGAGCAGAGGGGCCUGUCGGGAAAACUGGACCUGUGGGACCUCAGGGGCCUGCUGGAAAGUCUGGUCCUGAGGGUCUGCGUGGAAUCCCUGGCCCUGUUGGUGAACAAGGACUCCCUGGUGCUUCUGGUCAAGAUGGCCCUCCUGGACCUAUUGGACCCCCUGGUCUGCCUGGUAUGAAAGGUGACUCUGGACACAAGGGAGAAAAGGGUCAUCCCGGUCUAAUUGGUCUCAUUGGACCUCCUGGUGAGCCUGGAGAGAAGGGAGACAGAGGCUUGCCUGGACCUCAGGGUACUGCAGGUGGCAAGGGUGAUGCUGGUCUUGGUGGUGCUCAAGGUCCUCUCGGCCCUCCUGGUCCCCCUGGUAUUUCUGGUGCUCAAGGACAAAAAGGCUCCAAGGGAUCAACUGGUUCACAAGGACAGAAGGGAGACCCUGGACUGAUCGGACCACCUGGACCACCUGGUCCUCCUGGUGAUAUCAUCCAGCCGCUGCCCAUCCAGCAGUCUGGCAGAAAGACCAGGCGGCAGGCUGAGAUGCAGGGAGACGAGGCCAUGGCAGAUUACGGCGUUGAUGGCGUGGGUAUGGAGGGGAUGGAGGACGUCUUUGGAUCCCUCAACAACCUCAAACAGGACAUCGAGCGCAUGAAGUUCCCCAUGGGCACCCAAGACAACCCAGCCAGGACCUGCAACGACCUGCACCUCAGCCAGCCCGACUACCCAGAUGGUGAAUAUUGGAUUGAUCCAAACCAGGGCUGCACAGGAGACGCCAUCAAAGUGUUCUGCAACUUCACAGCAGGCGGAGAGACGUGCAUCUACCCCGAUAAGAAAUCAACAGGAGUUAGAAUAUCCAACUGGCCAAAGGAGGCUCCAGGUUCAUGGUUCAGUGAAUUUAAACGUGGAAAGAUUUUGAACUACGUUGAUGUAGCAGAGGGCACUAUCAACACGGUGCAGAUGACCUUCCUGAAGCUGCUUAGCUCCUCAGCACGGCAGAACUUCACCUACAUUUGCCAUCAGUCUGUGGCCUGGUACGACUCCAGGGCUGACAGCUAUGACAAGGCGCUGCGCUUCCUGGGCUCCAACGAUGAGGAGAUGUCUUACGACAAUAAUCCCUUCAUCAAGCCGCUGAUGGACGGCUGCUCGCUGAAGCAGGGCUAUUCAAAGACGGUGAUGGAGAUCAACACUCCCCGCAUCGACCAGUUGCCCAUCAUUGACAUCAUGCUGAAUGACUUUGGGGAAUCCAACCAGAGGUUUGGAUUCGAGGUCGGCCCCGUCUGUUUCCUCGGCUAGACGCGCCCCUACUCCCCGCUGAAGGACAGGGUCAGAGGGUACAUAUUAACACCCACACGCUGAGAUCCGACAACCUUUACCUUCUCUCCCUGCCAAGUAAAACAACCUGUGUUUUUUUUUUAAUUGCCGAGAAGAUCGACUGAAGAAGAGAAGAGCGCCUCCCGACCCUGUCAUGAAGCGCUGACCAGGGGAAACUACUCCUCGCCCUUGUAGGGCCAGAAUCACAUGACUUUAACUUACACGAAGUGAUGGGAGUGACAUCAGGAAAAGGACAUUUGAUGCCGCGGUGGACAGUGGCGCGCAUUCAGCAGCAGAGAGAGGAUCCACUCACCCCGAGCCCCGUCCUCCCUCGUCCUUCCCUCCCUCCCACCACGCCUCCCUCUCUGGGUGCUGCAGGUGCUGCUCUGAAUACAACCACAGAGGUGCUUUUGUGCAGAAUCACAAAACACUCAAGGUGCUACAAAAAGUGCUUUUUUGAUAAAACUGUAAUUAUUAUUAUUAUUUUGUACAAUACUGUUCCGAAUCCACUCUUAAAAACUUGCAUGUGCCCAGCUCUUAGAGUUUAAAUAAAUAUUUGGUUAACUAUAUAGAAAUAAAUCCACUGAGUAUAUUUGAUGUGUGUUUAGAAGUGAUUUUGCUAAGAGUUAUGUCUUUUGAGAACAUUCCAAUUUGUAAGUAUAAAAUUACCCUUUUGUAAAUAAUAUAACUUUCAUAUCUGAUUUUUAUGAGAGCAAGCCAGACCGGAGCAUUACAACCUCAAAAAGCAUUUUGAAUUAUUUUCAUGUGCCAUGACACCAAACAGGAUAUGAAGCCAUAAUUAAACAAGAUAGUAAUAUAAAUAUUGUAAGAAAGGGCUUUCACUAGUUAUAAUUCUAUCCUCCCAGAUGUUAUACCUCUGUUUCUCUUAAAAGUAAUGACAUUAGAGGGCUUUAACAAUGUUUAAAUCUUAAAAACACAAUCAGGUUGCAGCAUUAUUUGUGGUGGAUAGUGUUUAGAGAAAAUCAUUUUUUUGAGGAAGAAUUCACCAGUAGUUGUUCUUUGUAACAAAACAAAUGAAGCCCUGUUGAUUUUCUUCUUUGUAACAAUGAACAAAAUGUUUUCAUGUGCCUUGAUUUGUUCAUUCAAAAAUAUUAAAACUGGAUUCUGAAAAGUGUGGGGUUGAAUGUCUGUAUUGCUGCAGAAAUGGUUUAUGCUUAUUUUGUGAUUCUGCGCCGCUUUACCCCUAUUACCUUCGACUUCAAUGAAAAUUUAAGAUUAGGAGGAUCAGUGGCUCCAAGUGUUUGGGUUUGGGUGAUUGAUUCUGCUGAGCCCGGGCGCUGUGAUCUCCUCUCUCUGUGACUCAGAUUUGACUUUGAUGAAGAUCUGUUUGCAUCUCCACCUCCUUAGCUUAAGGCUAUGAUAGUAUAGACCUCAGAGCCGCUUUCAAACCUGUGUACUUUAAGUUUGUUUACAACCUAUGUACAACUGAAAUAAA